AGGGCGGGGCUGUCCCUGUGCUGCCAGGGGAAGGUGCCUGCUGGGGCUGCAGCCUGGCAUUAAAGAUACUGGAUGAGGGAGGUUCAGCCUGGGCAAGAUGGAUGGGAGCAGGGCAUGAGGGCUUAUCAGGAGGAGACUUGGUGACUCAGAUAACCCCACAUACCCUCAUGAGGAAAAGUAGGGCAGAUUCUACCCUGGAGAAGGCAGGAAAUGAGAGAGCAAGUGAUCAAGUAGGAGAUUCUUACAUCUUUGAAAUUACUCUUCUCAAGAAGAAUGUGGCUUACAAGUAGUGGAACACAAUGCAAGAGAUUAACCAGUCCCAUGUGACUGAAUUCAUCCUUCUGGGCUUCUCCUUCAGUCCCAGGAUCAUGCCUCUGCUCUUCUCAGCCUUCCUGAUGAUCUAUCUGUUGACUAUUCUGGGCAACAGCACUAUCAGUAUCCUCAUCUGCCUGGAUUCGCGCCUCCACACACCCAUGUACUUCUUUAUUGGCAUCCUUUCCCUGUUGGAUCUGUGCUACACCACUACAACUGUGCCCCAGAUGUUGGCACAUAUGACCAACCAGAAGAAGACCAUCUCUUUUGCCCGCUGUGUAGCCCAAAUGUACAUAUUCUUGUUGCUAGGCAUCACUGAGUCCUGGCUUUUUGCCAUCAUGUCUAUAGACAGGUAUGUGGCCAUUUGCCACCCACUUAGGUACAAGGUCAUCAUGAGCCCUCUGUUGUGUGGUUUAAUGGUCUUUUGCUGUGGACUCUGGGGUGUCAUCUCUGCUCUUCUCUACACUGUGUUUGCCAUGCGUCUGCCCUACUGUGGCCCCAACAAGAUCAACCACUUCUUCUGUGAAGUCCCAGCAAUCUUAAAACUGGCUUGUGCAGACACCUCAGUCAAUGACCGAGUAGACUUCAUUCUAGGCUUUAGUUCCACCCUGGUUCCACUUUUCGUUAUCCUUGUCAUUUAUGUCAACAUCUUAGUUGCCAUCUUGAGGAUCCGUUCAGCCCAGGGGCGGCUGAAGGCCUUCUCCACAUGUGCCUCCCAUAUCACUGUGGUCACCAUGUUUUGUGUGCCCGUAUUGCUCAUGUACAUGAGGCCUGGCUCUGAGGCCAGCCCAGAGGAAGACAAAAAGUUGGCCCUGUUCUACAAUGUCAUCUCUGCUUUCCUCAACCCCAUCAUCUAUAGCCUCCGAAAUAAAGAUGUGAAGGGGGCAUUCCUCAAGGUGACAGGCUGGGGCAGAGCCCCAGAAUGAGGCCCUGGAAGGAUAGUGGGGGACAGAGAAACAAGACUCAUGAUGCACACUCAGUGCACCAACACUCAUUCACAUACUCAGUAGCACCAGUACAUACCUCCCUUGCUCAGCUCUAAUCUUGACACGAUACUGGUCCUUGGGAGACAGCCCAUGAUUUGGCUGACAGAUGAAUACCAUGAAAUGUCUUCUAGGCACAUCAGUCUUCCAGUACCCUUUUGUUCUAGAAUCUUUGUAGUUAACGAAAGAAGGGACAUUUUUGUCAACUUAGUAGUUAA